AAAUGUGUGCAUUCAACUUUUGGAGAAAUUGGGUGGGGAUAAGUGAUUUUAAUUAUGUCCGCCAUGUUGUGUUAAAGUGUUUUCGUGCUGUCAAAUAAAAGAAUUUUUGUAUAAAUUAGUGAUUAAAAAUGGAAGAAACUAAAGUUAUUUAUCACAUAGACGAUGAAGAAACUCCAUAUUUAGUAAAAAUACCAAUAUCACCGGAUAAAGUCACAUUAGCCGAUUUUAAGAAUGUCUUGAACAGACCCAACUACAAGUUUUUCUUUAAAUCGAUGGAUGAUGACUUUGGUGUUGUCAAAGAAGAAAUUAUAGAAGAUUCAGCACAUCUGCCUUGUUUCAACGGAAGGGUGGUUAGUUGGCUUGUUUCGGCAGACGGUUCAAAUCAAUCGGACGGUGGUUCACAAUGCACAGACAGCGUUACACACCCUUCGGAGACCCGCCUGCCUCCGCCAGCCCCCGAAUCCGUUUGCACAGACACAGAAAGUAUUAUCAGUUCGAGACAGGGUAGGCGGCAUCACAAAUACUCAUCUAGAAUCAACGGACAUCUUCCAAGAGUAUAUGAGACUGCAUCUAUAGUAAGUUCAGACCUGGAAACGACCAGUUUUCAGUCUGAGACGACAGGUCGACACACGGCCUUGUCGGAAUGUUCUAGCGUAAGUAGGCUGCAUGUGGCGGGCAGGAAACGGCCCCAAAGGCGAAGAAAACAAAGGUUGCAGGCGAUGUCGAGGACCAGUUCAUAUUCUAGUAUAACGGAUUCUACGAUGUCUCUAAAUAUUAUAACGGUAACUUUGAAUAUGGACACAGUGAAUUUCCUCGGGAUAUCCAUUGUGGGGCAGAGUAACAAAGGGGGAGAUGGGGGUAUUUACGUGGGAUCAAUUAUGAAAGGUGGGGCGGUGGCUUUGGAUGGCAGGAUAGAACCGGGUGAUAUGAUAUUACAGGUUAACGAUGUUAAUUUCGAAAAUAUGUCCAACGAUGAGGCUGUUAAGGUGUUAAGGGAAGUUGUACAGAAACCGGGACCCAUAAAACUAGUAGUUGCCAAAUGCUGGGAUCCGAACCCCAAAGGCUAUUUCACCAUACCCAGAACUGAACCAGUGAGGCCCAUAGACCCAGGCGCCUGGGUGGCUCAUACCGCUGCGGUGAGGGGCGACCCAGUGGCGCGACCGCCGAGCAGCUCCACCGUCUCCAGCUCGUCCAUAGCGAGUACGAUCCCCGCUAACGAACGUGAGUGUCUGCUAGGUCCUGACCUAGAAGAACCGCUGUCCAUAAACUCGCCCAUGUCACAAGUUGUACAGGCCAUGCAGCGGCCCGACAGCGGCCUGGAGAUCCGGGACAGGAUGUGGCUGAAAAUUACGAUACCGAACGCUUUCAUCGGGACCGAUAUGAUCGACUGGCUCCUGACCCACGUGGAGGGGUUCCAGGAGAGACGGGAUGCCAGAAAGUACGCGUCGCACCUCCUCAAGGCAGGUUUCAUAAGGCACACCGUUAAUAAAAUUACGUUUUCGGAACAGUGCUAUUAUAUCUUUGGCGAUCUGUGUUCGGCGAUGACCAAUCUGAAGAUACAGGGCGAUACGGAUAGUGUGGGGCCUUUGCCGAACGUUCCCAACUACAUGCCAUACAGCGGCACGUACAAUCCGCUGGAGUACAUGCCGAUGCCAUUCUACAGUGAGAACACAGUAUACGGUUACAAUAAGGAGGAGUCUGUUCUGAGCGGCAGCGGAGGCUCCUCCAACGGAUCGGAUCAGAUGAAGGACGCGGCAGCUGGCCACAGCAGCGCGUCCGACAGCGACCUGACGUCCCUGGGACCACGUUCAGCUCUACCCGUGGCCAGCGGGAACGGCAACGGCAGCUCCAACGGAUCGGACCAGAGCAGCGGGACGCAAGUGGCGGCUGCUCAGUCCAAAGAUAUUGCCGGUAGUAGACAAUCAUUUAAGAUAGCUAUGGGGAAUCCGUGUGAAAUGUUUGUCGAUGUCAUGUAGUCAGUCGUUUCCUAUAGAUUUUUUUUUUAAUUUUAUUAGAACACAAGCGAAAGUAGAAAUGCGCAAAAACACAGGUUUUAAGUAAAUAAAAAAUACAAAAUGACUAUUAUUUUUAAGGUAAUUGUUAAUUUUUUAAUUAUUUAUUGAUUUAUUUUUAUUUAUUUAUUGAUAAUAGCCUUGUUUGUAUAUUUGUAGACAACCAGUCAAACUUAGGAAUCAACGACUCUCCUUAAUAAUCUAUUGUGAUGAAAAUUUUUUAGGUGUUGUCACCGAGUAUUCUCAUCCUUAACAUUUGACUGGUUAUCUAGCCGUAAAUAUGUAAACAAGUAAAAUAGUUUCAGUAGGAUCACCAAAUAUUUUAAUACAUUUUGCUUUUUGAAGGUCCAAAUUUGAAACUUUUAUCACGUAAACUAAAGUCAGCAACUAAUUUGAAAACCUUUUUCUAUACAAAUGAAAGAAUGUUUAUAAUUUUGUGCCAUAAAGACAGAAUUUUAUUAUAAAAAUAGCAAUUUACAAACAAACGUAUUAACCUGUUUUUUGAUAUUUCUACUUAUUUAUUGCAUUUACACUACUGACAAUUUUCUACUAGAAUCUUUUCUCUACCUUUAAUAUCAUUUUUUUUAAACACUAGUUACGACCGGCACAAACUUAAUCGUGGCUUCUUAUACACAUAACUACCAAUAAAUAGUUAUUUUUUUUGUGUAUAUUGAAAAAUAUUUUAUAUAUUUACUAAAGAAUAUUUAAAUUUGUA